AUGGCUCAAGCCAAACCGGAUCGUUUCCCAUUUGAGAGUGAUUUUGGCAGUAUUCCGAGUAAGUUUUUUUUUUGGUUUUUGAUUCAUUUAGAUAUCAAAGUUUUUAUGUAGCCCGGAUGUUUUACAGAUAAAGUAGCACCAUGCGACGUUGGCAUGCAAACCUUUCCGAUUCGAACAAACACAAUUCGAUUCAGUUUCAUCGACAAACCCGAGUUCCCAAGGAAGGUGAUCAAGUAUCACAUCGAACUGAACGCCAUCAAGCUCAUACGACGUCGAGAUGAAAAUCAACAACUCCAAGAAGAUCAAGUGGAAAAAACGAUCUCCAUGCACAGAGGAAUGAAGGGAGAGUAAGGAGUUUGAAGAUUAUUGUUUUUGAAAUGAUGUCCAAUAAGUUCGGCUUGCGAUUUGACGAAAGUUAUAAGGUUUUUGGGGAACUUGGACGAUUAGGGAAACCAAAAAGUGUUAUUUUUCUUCGAUGCAAAUGUCGAAAUUAUGAUAAUCGAUGGGGCUGAUUUCGAAAAUCAUGUUAACUUUUCUCUCUAGUACUAUAUAGUACUAUCUGAUACUAUGUAGUACGAAGUGAAAAUAUGGCUUGUGACGUUAAUGGUGUUGUUUUGACGCUUAGUACUCUGCAAAAACACGUUUUAAAGGCUUGGUGCUAUUUAGUACUACCUGAUACUAUGUAGUACGAGGUGAAAAUUUGGCCUUUAUGCGUUAGUGGUGUUGUUCUGGUGCCUAAUACUGCUAUUUUCACCUCGUACUAUAUAGUAUCAGGUAGUACUAAAUAGCACCAAGUCUUGAAAACAUGUUUUUGAAAGUACUAAGCAUCAAAACAACACCAUUAACGUCAAAAGCCAUAUUUUCACCUCGUUCUACAUGGUAUCAGAUAGUACUAUAUAGUACUAGAGAAAAAGUCAACAUGAUUUUCGAGCUCAGAACCAUCGAUUAACCUAAUUUCGACAAUUGCAUCGAAGAAAAAUAGCUCUUUUCGGUUUUCCCAAUCGUUUUUUCCCCAAUCGUCCAACUCCGGUUUUUUUUUGGUCGGAAGUUUGCUAAAUUUUAAUUUUCUUUAGAUUUAAUCAUAGUUUAAAAAAAGUUCCAUAUUUGUUCAGAUACCCAUAAAUUUGUAUAAGUCGAUUUUUUUCCAGAAUUCCGGCCCAACAACGAAAGUUUAUCUCAUACGCGGUGAUUGAUCGAAUGAUUGCCGACAACAAGAUGGCUCCAGUCACACAGAAGGAUAUCUGUUACGAUUCGGGUCACAUCUUGUAUAGUCCAGUUGAGUUUGUUCCCAGAGGGCAGAAGAAAACGUUCCGAAUCGAAGUCGCCGAUUCACAGGAGCUUCAGAGGCUGGACACGAGUUUCAUGGCCACGCCGAGCGCUUACGAAGUGAGUUGGAGAAGUUUUUGGAGGUGGGAGAUUGUGUGUAAGAAUCCGGAGACAAUUUCGGAAAUUUUUUCCCAUUUUCGAUCGGUUUUUUAUAAAUUUUUAGAGGUACCCUAAAUUUGAGCCUUUGUUUUUUGCCAAGUAUUUUCAGAAAUUUAGAUCUUGGAUUUUUGAGGGCAAUGAAGUAAAAUUUUUUGCUUGGAGUGAGGACGUGAUCCAGUGGCAAAACAUGUACCAUUUUGCAUCCAGGAAGCAUCAAAAAAUGUGGCAAAAUACCUCCCUUUCCAUAAAGUAUAAUAAAAAAGUCGGAUUUCCCCGCUCUUUUGUGAGGAAAAAGGGCGCGCCCUUCAAAACCAAGUUUUUUCACUUGGAGGGGGAAGCAUUUUGCCACAUUUUUGAUACUUCCCGGAUGCAAAAUGGUACGUUUUUUGCCACUGGAUCAGGUCUCCCACUGUAGAGCGUGGAUUUUUGAGGGCACUGAAACAAAUUUUUUUGCUUAUUUAGCGGAAGAAAGUGCCCAGAUUUUUAGGUCAAAAGCUGAAAGUUAUGGAAAUUUUAAAUUUUUUUUCGAAUUACGAUCGGAAAUUGAUAGAAAAUGUCUUCCAGGCCGAAGUGGAAUAUGUGGAGGAAGUGAUAAUCUCCAAGACGAUCAACCCCCAAGCCACCCUCCAAUUCCUCGAUGUGCUGACGUCAAUGUUUAUUUGCCGAAAAAUGCUGAAACAGCAGAACAUAAAAAAUCUGGAGAACACGUUCUAUUUCAUGGAUAAAGCGACCCCAUUCUCACAAGAUCCUCGAAUCCUGGUGCGCGGCAUCAGCAAAGCCGUGAAAUUGGUGAACAGCGAGAAGGAAAAGGACAGAAUUGGAUUUGCCAUACAGCUUCAAGGUGAGCUUGAAUGAAUGGAGGGGAGACGCUCAGAUUUUCUUCAAAUUUUGCACACAUGUCGGUCAUGAAAUAUCUAUCGAUUUCUGAAAGUUUUAGCUCGCGCUUUGCAAGCGCCGCUGAGAUAUUGAACGAUCUUUGCCGCCGAGAGAGUACGCUAAACGCGGAGAGCGGUCAGAGAGAAAAAACACUUUUUGGCCGUAACUUUGCUAGUUUCGUGCGGAACAGACAUGGCAGGGGGGCCGGGCCGGGCUUUGGAAAUUUUGAAAAGGGCCGGGCCGGGCCCAACGUUUCGGGGGCCGGGCCGUGGGGCCUGGGGUUGGUUUUUCGGGCCGGGCCGUGGGGCCUGAAAAAAUUUGGGCCCGGCCCCUUCAAAAAAAAUUUUUUUAAUUUUUUGUCUUGAAACGAAAAAUUGGGGUGCCAAUUUUUUUGGCAUUCUGUUUUGAGCAAAAAAUUUUUUAUUUUUGGCAGUAAAAGCGGUUUGUAAGACAGGAAAACCUCAUUUACUAUUUAGAACCUUACUGGCAAUGACAAAAUACAUCGAAAAAGUUUUUAAAAGUUAACUUUUAGUCAAGUUUGAAUAGUGUUUCACUAUUUUUCGACUAAUUUUGCCUAAAAUAUUUUUUUCAUUACAAAUCCCCGACCUUCCAUUAUCUUAAACCUGUAUGUUCAUAAGGAUAUUGGUAUGUUCUUUGUUAUAAAUGGGCAACCGGCUCAAUUUAUGACCAAUAAUGAUGAAUAAUUCGAGAAUUUUUAUCCAGAUGCCAUGAAUAAUAUAAUUUACCUUCUCAAAUGCUAUACAUUGGUUUUUCCUGGAGUCUGGCGAUGGAUUUGACAAUCAAAUGGCCUGUCUGAUGUUUUCAAUUUACUUUCACGACCUUCUUACCUGUGAUUCAAUUUUCCAUCUUCCAAAAAAUCAUCAAAAAUCUCAAAAACGUGUAAAAAACAUGAAUAUUAUUCUUAAAUCGUCAAUCUUCUUGUGUUUCUCAAAUUCUUAUUACAUUUCCAACAUGUCAACACUUUUUACGCCGCUCAAUUCGUCCUAGCUCGGACGAAAUCAUCAUGGAUAAUAUCGGGGAAAACUCAGAAAAUCGUCAAAAAAUCAAUAUCAAGCUUCAGAAAUAGUUCUAAGUCGCACAUAUUCUCAUUCCCCAAGGACUGCUGGACAUUUCCCACUAAAAAUUAAAAUUUUGAUUUUUCUACAGUAAUCCAUCUACUACGGUAACUCAUGGUAUGAUGGACGGAAAUUUUUAAAAAUUUGCACAGAGAAUUUCCAUGCCGUGAAUUAUAAUUUCGCCAAGUUUCAUCCAAAUCCAUCGACCGCUACCAGAGUUACUGAAGAUUAUAUUUUCCAAAACCUCCUUUUUUGAACCUUCAAAAUCGGGUUUUUAACCCUAUAGUAACUACUGGGCACAUUUUGGAAACCAUAUCUCAGGCAUAAGAUGACCGAUUUUUGAUUUUUAAAAAGUAUUUGGACUAAUUCGAGUACUGCGAGCCAAGAUAUGACGUUAGUUUUUUCCCUAAGGGGUCAAAUAUGGCCGAAAACACUAUGCCAAAAUAUUGCCAAAAUGGCGGGAAAGUUUUUCUUUGAACGGAUCUUGGCGGUUCCAUGAUUAGAAUAGUUGAAGAAGUGUCUGAGCAGCACAUUCGCGUUAUUUUUUUAUUUUUCACGUUCCAACGUGGUGAGAUAUUCCACUUUCUGCUUAAAAAUCUGAGAUUAGAACUUUCAGGAUGAAACACCCUCAACCUGCCGUGAAAAAUACACCAUUUAAAGCAUAACAUCUUGAGUAUAUACAAAAGCCAUAACACACAAAAAUCCGCUCAAAUUCGAUCAAAACCACCGUUUCCCGCCAUUUUGGCAAUAUUUUGGCAUUGUGUUUUCGGCCAUAUUUGACCCCUUAGGGCAAAAACUAACGUCAUAACUUGGCUCGCAGUACUCGAAUUAGUCCAAAUACUUUUUAAAAAUCAAAAAUCGGGUAACUUAUGCCUGAGAUAUGGUUUCCAAAAUGUGCCCAGUAGUUACUAUAGGGUUAAAAACCCGAUUUUGAAGGUUCAAAAAAGGAGGUUUUGGAAAAUAUAAUCUUCAGUAACUCUGGUAGCGGCCGAUGGAUUUGGAUGAAACUUGGCGAAAUUAUAAUUCACGGCAUGGAAAUUCUCUGUGCAAAUUUUUAAAAAUUUCCGUCCAUCAUACCAUGAGUUACCGUAGUAGAUGGAUUACUGUAGAAAAAUCAAAAUUUUAAUUUUUAGUGGGAAAUGUCCAGCAGUCCUUGGGGAAUGAGAAUAUGUGCGACUUAGAACUAUUUCUGAAGCUUGAUAUUGAUUUUUUGACGAUUUUCUGAGUUUUCCCCGAUAUUAUCCAUGAUGAUUUCGUCCGAGCUAGGACGAAUUGAGCGGCGUAAAAAGUGUUGACAUGUUGGAAAAGUAAUAAGAAUUUGAGAAACACAAGAAGAUUGACGAUUUAAGAAUAAUAUUCAUGUUUUUUACACGUUUUUGAGAUUUUUGAUGAUUUUUUGAUUUUUUGGAAGAUGGAAAAUUGAAUCACAGGUAAGAAGGUCGUGAAAGUAAAUUGAAAACAUCAGACAGGCCAUUUGAUUGUCAAAUCCAUCGCCAGACUCCAGGAAAAACCAAUGUAUAGCAUUUGAGAAGGUAAAUUAUAUUAUUCAUGGCAUCUGGAUAAAAAUUCUCGAAUUAUUCAUCAUUAUUGGUCCUAUAUCGAAACCGCUGGCCGUUUGUAUCAAGUAAGACACCGAAAACUUCGUGGUAACAUCUUAAAACAAAAAAAUAGCAAUUAAAAUGCAAAAUUUAGAGUAAUGAAAAAAGGGCCGGGCCGGGCUUUAGGACCUUUCAGGGCCGGGCCGGGCCGUAAGACCCCUCAGGGCCGGGCCGGGCCGAAGGUGCCCCGGGGCCGGGCCGGGCCGGGCUUUGAAAAUUUUGAAAAGGGACGGGCCGGGCCCCCCGGGCCCCAGGCCCGGCCCCUUUUGCCAUGUCUGGUGCGGAAAAAAUUGAUUUUUUGUGGAAACAUUAUCCUCUAUGAUAGAAAUAGGCAUGAAACUUUUCGUGCCGAAAUUCGGAAAAAAGUGUCAAAUUUGCGCCAAAUUUCGAUUUUGAAAUCUCGGUUGUUUCUGCAACGCGCGAGCUAGGAUUCUCGCAUAUAUCUUAGAAAAAAUUAUUCGAAAUUUGUGCCAAGUUUCAUCAAAAUCUGAGCGUCGCACUUGGGGUACUUCCCCUGUGAGUUGAAAUCUGAAAUAUUUUGAAUUUUUUUUGUAUUUGAUGGUCCAGUUGCAAUUUUUUCAGUCCGGACCUCACCUUUCCUCCCAAAGACUUCCGUGGUUGAAUUCCUCGCGAAACUUUUGGAACGAGCGGCCGGCGGAGGCCGCGGAUUCAACGGCGGCGGCGGCCGUUACAACGACAACCGAGGAGGCCGAGACGGCGGAAGGAAUGGCGGCUACGACAGAAACAGAGGAAGAGAUGGUGGAUACGACCGAAACAGAGGAAGGGAUGGUGGAUACGAUCGAGGAAGAAACGACAGGUACGGAGAUCAGAGGAACGACAGAGACCGAUCGGAAACGAGGGCUUCGAACUCCGGUGGAAAUGAGUUCUCUCGAAAACUGGCCGAUUUGAUCCGUGGAAAAGUGGAUUUGGCCAAGAAACACAUGAAAAGUGGGUUGUUUUUUUGCGCGACAAUUUUUGUUCAUCAUUGCAGAUGUGGUUGUUCGAACCACCCAUCAAAACAAGAACCGUUUCUUCCCCAUCCACACGCUCACCGAUCGGCCCUUCGGAGAGCUGAGCUUCGAGAAGAACGGCCAAAAAGUCCGAUGUUUCGACCACUUCCAAAGCCAGAGGUACGCUGUAACCGUUAAUCCCGACUUGCCAUGUGCCGUUCAACUUGAUUCAAGGAACAAAAGAGAGAUUUAUUAUCCGUUGGAGGUGCUGGAAAUUGUGGAAGGCCAGAAAGUCAGCAUUCAAAAGACCCAGGAGGAACCAAAUUUGGUGGGUUUUUAGAGUCUACGAGAUUUUUUUGAGAAGUAUUAUAAAAAAUUUUCAAUUUUUGGGACGGGUUAAAAAAUUUUUUUUAGUUGGUCAAGUACAAUAUAAUUUUUUCAUUCAAUUUCAGACUGAAAUGAUGACUCGCGAGUGCCAGCUUCCCCCCUCGUCGUUUGUCGACAUGAUAACCACGAUUAGCAAGGAAACCUUUGUCCUGAGAAACAUGAAUAUCUACACGAAACUCUAUGGAGUAAGUGAAAAAUUUUUAAAAUUUUUUAUUUCGAAUUUUAGAUUGACUUCGAAACGGAUCUCUCCACCACCCAAGCCUUCCAAUUGAGACCGCCCGAGAUUGUGUACAGCAAUUCGACGGCCCAAGUGGACAUGAACAACUUGAACUGGCGAUUGGAAAGAAUGACGUUUGCCGAAACUCCGAAGGGAAAAAUGCGAUGGGGAAUUGUUGCCGUAAAUGGAGCGGCGCAUGAAAGUGAAAUGCAGUCAGUUUACUUUGAAAUUUAUAUUGAAAUUGUAAAAUUUUUAUUAUAAGUUUUAUUUAUUAAAUUUUUUCAGAGAUUUUGCCCGUGACUAUCUGCAACGAGGCGGCGAUCUCUCCCUCCGUCUCGAUCCCCAGCCCGUCUGCCUUCAGUUCCGUGGCCGACAAGGGAUCGCGGACGCAUUUGUGGAGCUGAGGAAUAGAGAUUGCGGCUUUGCAAUCUUCGUUUCCCAAAAUAAAACCGACGAAGUCCACACUCAAAUCAAGGUCCAUGAAAUCCAAAGCGGAGUCAUCAGUCAGCAUGUGGUCAAAAGAACGAUCAGUCCCAUGAAAGCAGAUACUUUUAAGAAUUUUAUAAUGAAAAGUAAUCUCAAGCUGGGCGGCUUGAACCAUUACCCAAGACUGGAUCAACAGACUGCAAGAACUGUGGAGUAAGUGGCGUUAAUGGACAAAUUGAUUUUUUUUGCACUUCUAUAAUUUCUUCAAUUUUUUCAACAAAUUGAUUUUGAAAUAAGUCUUGAACGAAAAAAAUUUGUUCGGCCAAAAAAUUGCUUUGCGGAUCUACAGUGGACCUGAUCUAGUGGCAAAAAACGUACCAUUUUUACUAUUUUGCGUCCAGGAAGCAUCAAAAAUGAGGCAAAAUACUUCCCUCUCUAAGUGAAAAAACUUCGUUUUGAAGGGUCCGCACAAAAGCAGCGGGCGCGCUUUUGAAAUCCGAGUUUUUUUUUUGACGUGGAGAGGGAAGCGUUUUGCCACAUUUUUGAUGCUUCCCGGAUGCAAAAUGGUACGUUUUUUGCCACUGGAUCAGAUCCCCCACUGUAAGCAAUUUUCAGCAUGCGUUUUGCAGAAUGAACCGAGAUUUUUAUACCCCAAGUUGAUUUUUUUUUUUUUGAUUUUUGCUUUAAUUUUUUCAAUUUUUUCAACGAAUCAAUUUUGAAAAAUGCAAAAAGUUUUUAGCCAAAAAAUUUUUUCGGCAAAAAAAUUUUUUUUGUAGAUCCCAAUUCGUUGUUUCAGAAGGUACCUCCCACUCAAAGCCACCAUGUUUAUGGGUCUCGGGUUCUCCGGAGCCGGCCCCCUCAGUCUCUACGAGCGUCAACUUGGCAAGGUCAACGAAGUCCCGAACGCAGCGGCCUUGGUUUACUCCUUGAAUGACAAGUUGAAAAUGCGAGGAAGUUAUUGGUACACUCGAAAGGAAUCGGCGAACGAAGUGAAGCCGGAGGGAGAAGAAGACGCCAGCAGAGACGAGGAGCGCCUGAGAAGACGCUACAUCGAAGCGUUGAGCCAUUACAAAGAAGCCAAUGGGCGAUUCCCGGACCAUAUUAUUGUCUACAGGACGGGAAGUGUAAGCAUUUUUUUGGUGAAUUUUUUACAUUUUUUUUGUUGAAUUUUUUACAUGAAAAUUCUUUCAGUCCGUCGGAGACUACGUCAAAAUUGUGGACCAUGAAAUUGAACAACUCAAGACCGCACUGAGAGCCGUAGACGCCCAGCGAACCACGUUUACAUUCAUUGUCGCGGCGGAUAAGAGUGGAUUCAAAUACUUCAAAACUGCGGAUCAAUUGAGACCAACGGACAAACCGGCCCAGCAGAACGUCAGAGGAGGAACGAUGCUCUGCAGAGAGUUCACAAGCCCCCGGUUCACGGAAUUCAUUCUGCAGUCGCAUCGACCAAUUCAGGUAAAAAAUGGCAGAUUUUUUUUUUGAUUUUUAAAACAUAUAGGUCACGUACAGUGGGGAACCUGAUCCAGUGGCAAAAAACGUAUCAUUUUGCAUCCAGGAGGUAUCAAAAAUGUGGCAAAAUGCUUCCCUCUCCAAGUGAAAAAACUCCGUUUUGAAGGGCGCGCUUUUGAAAUCGGAGUUUUUUCACUUGGAGAGGGAAGCAUUUUGCCACAUUUUCGAUGCUUCCCGGAUGCAAAAUGACACGUUUUUUGCCACUGGAUCAGGUUCCCCACUGUAUUUUUUGAAAAUCGCUGUAAUUUAAUUGCAACUUUUUCCAGGGCACCGGCCGCACUGUUCGCUACACCGUCCUGGCCGACACCCGCCAACCCCAUCGACUCCCGGCUGAAGUUUUGGCCUCCAUCACCAACAUGGUGGCUUACGCACAUGCGAUUGUCACUUCGCCCGUCAGCACCCCCGCAAUCCUGUAUUCUGCCUGUUCGUUGGCCGAAAGAGCGCAGAAACUUCUGAAGUACGCCGACGAUACGAGGGAUUUGGAUGCGCUGGCUGAACGAAUGAACCCUGGUUUCGAGACAAGGUAUUGGGCUUAGGGCCUAUAAUAAGGGAUUUUUUUUGAUUUUUGUUGUAGAUGUUUCGGUUAUCUCAUUGUACGAUGUUCUCACUAUUUGCUUCUACAAAUUUAUUUUAUUAACAUCACUUUAAUUACCAAGAAUACCUGA